UGAACCACAAGGGGAGAGCUCCCAGCACUUUAUUAUUUUUAAAAGAUAUUCCUUCAAGAUAAACUAGUUAAUUCAGUCUAUUGUAAAGUAAACUGGGUGGUUUUCUCUAAUAUCUCCAAUAUCAACAGUGUGUUGUCAAGAUGUUUUCAUCUGACAUAAUAAUAAUAAUAAUAAUAAUAAUAACAAACUCUUAAUAUCUAAACCCAAAGUGAGAUCUAAUUCAGGUCUGUAUUGAGCUUGCAGGGAUGUAAAAGAAAAAUUACUUUAAUGGUCAUAAAAUCUGUGCAUUUCAUCUCUUAAAAAUACCUCAUUAGUUAUACGCCACUAAAGAGUACUAUAUUGCCCAUCUUGAGUUUGAUUAUUAUCGAUGUCUGAAGCCUCAAUUAGAAUUUCAAAUGAACAAUAACUCUGGAAUUGGCCUCCUUAAUGGAUUGAUGACUAGAAACUUGAUACAGCUGCUCACUUCGUUUCAGUUCCUUUUACUAAUUGGCCGCUAAUCUUUAACACGCAUCAUUAAAGUCCUUCAGUUGUAUGACAGUUUGUUCUUGUGUGUGUCUUCUCUGAUAACUUUAUUAUAUGAGAUAUUUAAAGUUAUUUAAGAACAGUUUCUUCCUGCAGAUUGUAAAUCCGUCUUCCACAGUCAAUCGACAUCCACGGCUCCCACCAUAAAUAUGAAUGUUACUGUUUCUACUGCCCAGAGGCCUACAUAUCACCUGUCAAAGAAUCCCACAUGCUCAAUAAACAGUAUAUAAACAUCUUCAUAUGGACAAACUCACCCAGCCCAUGUUUAUCCAUCUGAUGCUCAUUUCUUUCACCCUGAUAUCUGACAUUGGAGAGCGGAUCGGACAACAGCCUUUGCAUUCAAAGCCGUUGAAGUAAUUUUUUCCCGUAUCGAUAUGAUUCUAGGCGCAACAUUUUUUUUCCGUUUUGCUCUAUUUCAAGAAAGUGAAAUGUAUACAAAAGUCUUUCCGGGGUGAGGGAUGAUCUGUUUGUUUAACAUCCCGUUCUGGCAGUGUGUCUGUUUGCGUCUGCAGCUCUGUGAUCACUUGUGUGUUUUGGUACCUUGUGGUCUCCAGCUGGCUCUGGGCCAUGGCGUGCGGCGCCUGCACGUGUCGGCGGCCUACAGAGCCACAGCCCACGUGUCCAUGAGCCGCUUCGAGCCCACGUCCUUCGUCAACUCCGAGAGGCUCCGGUCCAAUAUUGACAUUGUGCGCAAAAGGCUCGACCGGCCGCUCACCUUGUCGGAGAAGAUCGUGUACGGCCACCUCGACGACCCCCACGCGCAGGAGAUCGACCGCGGGCGCACUUACCUGCGGCUGCGGCCCGACCGCGUGGCCAUGCAGGACGCCACGGCCCAGAUGGCGAUGCUCCAGUUCAUCAGCAGCGGCCUGCCGAACGUGGCCGUGCCCUCCACCAUUCACUGCGACCACUUGAUCGAGGCCAAGACCGGAGGAGUGACGGAUCUGGCCAGAGCGAAGGAGGUCAACCACGAGGUCUACAACUUCCUGUCCACCGCCGGGGCCAAAUAUGGAGUUGGCUUCUGGAAUCCAGGCUCUGGAAUCAUCCAUCAGAUCAUCCUCGAGAAUUAGGCCGACCCCGGAGUGAUGCUCGUCGGCUCAGAUUCCCACACGCCGAACGGCGGCGGGCUCGGUUCCAUCUGCAUCGGCGUCGGAGGAGCGGACGCCGUGGACGUCAUGGCGGGAAUCGCCUGGGAGCUCAAGUGCCCCGAGGUGAUCGGUGUGAAGCUGACCGGUUGCCUCUCAGGCUGGACGUCUCCUAAGGACGUCAUCUUGAAGGUGGCUGGCAUCCUGACGGUGAAGGGCGGCACCGGAGCCAUUGUCGAAUACCACGGGCCCGGAGUCGACUCCAUUUCCUGCACUGGUCUGUCUAAAAAAAAGUCACGCUGAAGAAGAAGAGGAUUAGGAUUUUUUUCCCCACGCUGCAUCUCCGGGUCCAUCUGUUGUUCGGGUAGCAAUGGCCCUAUGGAUGUAAAGGAAACGCACCAUUAGUGUAUUUACUCGUUUUCUUGUGGUCAACCUGUUUCCCCCCCUAGUGGCCAUGAUGAGUAACUGUUGUGUCUACAGCAGCUACAUCAACUAUCUGGUUUACAGUUUUGAAAGAGGCGCCGAGUUGACGGCUGGUUUUUUCGGCAUUAUUGGAACUGAAAUAAGUCGGGUACGUGUGAGUGGAUCCAACAUAACGGUAAAUAAACUAAAGCGGUGUAACUUGAACACCACAUGUACUGGACAUCUAACGGGAGCAUUAAUGAUCACAGAUGGACAGAAACAUGAUGUGAAUGUUACAGUAUGUAUGUAAUAUGCUUGAAGUGUGUGUGUGUGUGUGUGUGUGUGUGUGAAUGAAUGAAUAUACAGUGGACAGCCCUCUUCUUCCCUGACGCCAUCACCUCCUUAAACUGUGGCAGCUCAUGAGAACCCCAGAUGGGUUUUGGUACUCUGGAUGAAACUAACCGAAACUUCAACGUGGGGACUGACAACCAGGAUGUGUUUGUGUAUUUAUGAUUAUAUUUUAUUCCCUGGAAUGCAUGGAGAGGUUCUUCACAUGAAGGCUGGAACCUCUGACCGACUAUGUGAAGUGUUUUUAGUUGUUGUCUUUCUCCAAGAUUAUUUUUUUCUGUUUUACAGAAAUGCCAAUCGGUUAAAAAAAUUAUAAAAACAAUCACAGAUCUGAUUUAUUUAAGUUUGUCGCAGUCUGCCUGGGGUUAUUUGUAG